CCUUUGCGCAGGCGCACUGUGCAGCAGUUUUUUCGAUCUGCGGAGCUGUUUGCUUCAAACAGCUAACAUGUUAGCUCAGCUCACAUACAGAAAACUGUCGCAUUUACUGAGGGUCUGUGUGAGCAAACCGUCAGUUCUCGGAACCGGUACCGAGAUGAACACCGGAGCUUCCUGCUGGCUGCAGGUGAAACGGCGCCAGCGGUCGGUGGACAGUAAAUCUCUGGCGGAGCGUCAGAAGCAGCAGAUGGCCAGAAGUCUUCCCAAACAGAAGCCCAUCUCAGGAGUCCAGCAGGUGGUGGUGGUGGCUUCAGGGAAAGGAGGCGUUGGAAAAUCCACCACUGCAGUGAACCUGGCUCUGGGGUUGAUGGCCAAUGAUCCGUCCAAGUCGGUGGGUCUGCUGGACGCUGAUGUUUACGGACCGUCCAUCCCCACACUGAUGAACCUGAAGGGAAACCCGGAGCUCAGCGACAAUAACCGCAUGAUUCCUCUGAUCAACUAUGGCGUUCCCUGCAUGUCCAUGGGCUUUCUGGUGGAGGACACUGCUCCCAUCGUCUGGAGGGGGCUGAUGGUGAUGUCUGCCAUAGAGAAGCUGCUCCGACAGGUGGACUGGGGCUCGCUGGAUUAUCUGGUGGUCGACAUGCCGCCUGGAACCGGAGACGUCCAGCUGUCCAUCACCCAGAACAUCCCCAUAGCAGGUGCGGUCAUUGUGUCGACGCCUCAGGACGUGGCUCUGCUUGACGCUCGGCGAGGAGCCGAGAUGUUCCGGAAGGUGAACGUUCCGGUUCUGGGUUUGGUGCAGAACAUGAGCGUCUUCCAGUGUCCCAACUGCAACCACCAGACCCACAUCUUCGGUUCUGACGGGGCCCGGCAGCUCGCUGACACUCUGGGAGUCCAGUUCUUAGGUGAUGUUCCGCUGCACCUGAACAUCAGAGAGUCAUCAGACCGAGGACGGCCGGUGGUCGUGUCCAGUCCAGACAGCCCCGAGGCGGUGGCGUAUCGAUCGCUGGCGUCUGCAGUCGUCCAGAGACUUCAGGAAGUGAGCGGCUGAACGACGUACGAACACAAAGCUGCUGUGGAGCGCACAAGAAGAGGAACACUGCUGAUCAGUGGUUCUGUUUGAUAAAAGUGUCUGAAGCUUUUUAACAUUUUUAAUAAACAAAGUAGAAGUUCAUUACCCAAAAUUCAGUGCAGCUUCAGGACUUGAAGACGAAUACUAUUUCUGCUGUCUGGUUUGUGGAUCUUCAUUUCAAGUUUGGCUCAUAAAUCUACUUAAAUCUACUUUCUGCAUCGUAUUUUCCAGCAUGGUUCAACAGGAAAUGGAUGAAAAUCCUGUGAAGUUUUUACUGGAGUCCUCCCAGAUGUUAGAUCUACACAAUAUUCUGUUAUGAUUGGAAGAAGAACCAGAAUGAGCUGGAAAUAAUCAGAUCCCUGUAGUUCCACUGAUGGCCAGCAGGAGGCGCUGCAGCAUCUAGAGUUAAAGGUAGAGAGGAAGAGCUGAGGUGGCGUGUUGGUCCCCAGAAAUAGAUCCUUAAACUAAACGCACUGUGGAGGAGAUUCAUGCCCACAACACCUUCAUCUUCAUCUUCAUCAGUACCACCUGACGGGUUCAUCAGCGCUUCCUGUUUUCUGAAGGUUCUGAUUCAGAGACAUCAGAUGUGAUGAACUCAGACUCAGUUAAAAUGUUCCGUCUCUGUCUGGACACUUUGUUGUUUUACUUCCAUCGUUGUUUUUGUUUAUUUUGUGGUUUCUUCUCAGUUCUGGUUUCUGUUUCCUGGUUCUGUCUUUUCCUGGUUCCAGUCGACCCAAUCCAAAAGCAACCAGAAAGAGAUGCAGAAUUAACGGUACGAGACACAAAAUGGACAGAGACUUUUAGCCUGAAGUCUUCAGAACUUUUGCUUCCUGUCUUUCAGCAGCAGACAGGUUGUCUGAUGCUCAGGUGUGGAUCAGUGAACUCGGAUGCUUGUUUUUUUUUCUUCAGCAUCUUAAAGCUUUUUGGGUCGUUCCAUUAAAAUCCUCUAAACGCUGAA